AGCACACUCAUCAAGUUCUUCAUCGAGAAUCUCGAGGUAUUUUCCAGUGAUGAUCACGAAAGGAUUACACUCUUCCAUAAGAUCUUCAAGCACAUUAUGAGCGCCAUAUCACCGCCAAAUGACUAUCUUUUCGCUGGAUGUACAGGUAACAUCAUGCUCAAGAGUAUAAAGUUGGCUCACAAGUCGAGGAACCCUUACAACUAUCUCAUCCUCCUUAAGAUACUCAGUCAAGCGAUAGGGGGAGGCCGUUAUGAGAAGUUUUACAUAGAGGUUCAAGCUCUAUUGCAAUCCUACAUAGAUGGUUUAACAAAUCUUCUCGAUGAGGCUGACAAAGUAAACAAAGAGCUUAUCAUCCAGCUUUUCUUGAUCCUCCCAAUGCGAUUUCAAGUGGUUUUACCUUUCCUUCACUCCCUUACACGUCCGCUUUGCAUGGCUCUUGAAUCGAAGAACGAUGAAAUUGUCGAGCAGGCUCUUCGCUUGGUCGAGAUCUGCGUUGAGACUCUCAAUCCAGUCUAUGUCGAUCCAAUUUUGGCACCACAGAUAAGACAGAUUCAAACAGGGAUCUACCGCCUCCUUAAACCUGUCCCAGCCAAUCAUAAGUUGGCGCAUACCGCUGUUAGAGUUCUCGGUAAACUUGGAGGAAGAAACCGUAAGGCAAUUAAUAUCCCUGCUCGUGUUUCACCAAGGGUCGUUGAUCAAUCUGCAUCAAUACCUGUUGAAUUCCAUGAUAAAGAGGGAGUUAAACAGCUCAAUUUAGUGCCUUUAGUCGAUUUGGCUACGAAAGCUAUCCAAGUUGCCAGUGACGACUAUGCCCAUGCAGUAUCCACUGAUCGCAAAGUCCAGAAGGGUGGAGAUGAAGAGAAGGCUAUUGGUAUACUUAAGCAUUCGAUAGCUCCAUUAAUAUUGAAUGGUCUUAAUGGUGUUUUGCAGGAGGACCUCUAUCAGAAAGUUCUCGAUUCUCUCUUCGAUGCCGCGCUAGUACCUUCGUUAACAGAUCUCAGCUUGGAUUUCGUGAAAGAACUCGCAAGCUUCAUUCUCACAAGGGAAAUGAAAGAAGGUAUAUACUUAUCUGAUGGUAUUCCCGCUCUGUCGAGAAUAGCCUGCUUUACACUAGAUGCAGUUUGCUCCAGUCUCAAACUUACUGUGUCUCAUGAUGAUACUCUCUCUCGCGACCUCGUCACUGCUAUCAUUCGCGAUGUCGUUACUGAAACUGUCAAUGAAGAUUCACAAAUCGACGUUAAAACAUAUAUGCUCAAUCAGAUUGCCAGUAGGUUUGCAAGUCUUUGUCACGAUCAGCUCUGGCGCUGCAAACUUGCCGGAUUGGCCGGUAUGAAUAUCUUAACUGGUGAAGAAGUUGGUCUUGGUGAAAAAUGGGUAGCUGGACAUCAAAUCGAGUUCUACAGAGCGGCUAUAUACAUUCUCAAAGACAUGCCCCAUGAACUCCCGAAUGAUGUUGAUGAAGUCACUGCCUUUGUGAAGAAGUUGAUUGAUAUAUGUAAUGGUCCAAAUGGACCUGUUGUCAGUGAGAAUGCAAUGGAUUACAUGGAAGCUUCCCGUCCAUCCACACCAGCGACGAAUAUUGCAAAUCCAUUCAACGCCCUCAACCGUCAUAUGGACUCACCCUCAACAAGCUCCACACCAGGCGGUACAGACCCACAAAGAUCGCAAUUUAAUCACCUGAUCAGCAUUCUCAUUGCUGAUUUGACAUCGCCUAAGGAUAUUGUGAGGAAGACGACACAGAAGACUCUCACACAGCUUUCGGAAAGGACACAAAUUCCAAUUCAUGAGCUUCUCGCUCCAGGAAAAGGUGUUCUCUCAAGCGCCAUUUAUCACAAGCCAUUACGUGCUUUACCUGUUCCUAUGCAAACCGCUCGUAUUGAGGCUGUCACAUACUGUCUUCAGCUUAGACCGCCUCUUCCACCGAUGGAAUCGCAAGAAGGAGAGAACCAGCCUGAGUCUGACAAAGGAACUGCAAAUGAAGCCUCAGCUGCAACGUCUGCAUCAGUUAAUAACAAGCACCCAGGUGUUUUAGAGAUUAAUGAAGAUUUGACAAGAUUUGUCCAUGAAGUACUAGGUAUUUCUGACGCAGAGGAUGUCGCAAUUAUUGGUCAACGACCACCACAUAUUGUUCAACUCGCAUUGGCUGAACUUAGAGUGGCAUGCGUUAAGCUCUUGACAGCUGCCACUGCGACUAGUGACAUUUUCAGAACCGCAAACCAAGCUCGUAUGCGUAUAAUCAGUGUAUACUUCAAGAGUCUCUAUGCUCGUAAUUCUGAACUUCAUGGUGUAGCACACGAAGGAAUAAAGCAAGUAUUGGUACAAUCUGGUAAAGUUCCUAAGGAGUUGUUGCAAACGGCCCUCAAACCAAUCUUGAUUAACUUGAGCGACACUCGUAGAAUAAAUAUUGCAGGAUUGGAUGGAUUGGCUAGAUUACUCGAACUGCUUACUAAUUACUUCAAAGUCGAAAUUGGUACUAAGCUGCUCGAACAUUUCAAAUCACUCCUUGAUGAGAAGGAUUUGAAGGCAGCUCCAUCACCAAAGAUUAAUCUUCCUCCCAAUGCAACCAUUCAACAGCAGCAACAAGCGACAGCUAUGGCGGCACAAGCUAGUGUUCAACCACCUCUUAGUGGUGACCUCGCAGAUUUACACGAUGUUAAGAUCAUGGUUGCAAUUGCAAAUGUUUUCAGACUCUUGCCAUCUGCUGCCAACAUCUACCUUGAGCAAUUCUCAAACUUGAUCGUUCAGACUGAGCAGCGCUUUAGAAGGGUUCUUGGAAGUCCUUGGACAACCCCACUUGCACAGUAUCUUGAUAGAUUCCCUAACGAAGCUAAUGAAUUCUUCUUUGCUCGGAUGGACUCUUCCGAACAUUUCAACACUUACAGGGCUGCUUUAAUCUCAUCUCACGCUGUAAAUCUCAGAGCAGACGUGCUUGCCAAACCGGAACGCAUCGUGAACUCGUUCUUCUCGCCUGAAGCACUCACCAAGACUGGUUUCGCAUUACAUGGUCUUAAGAUUGUUAGGGCUUUGAUGGAUCUGUCGCCAAACUUGCUAGCAGGUGAACAGAAAGGCAAUGUCCUUUGGGAGGCCAUAUGGAGUCUUUGGUCACAAUACGUUAAUUCAGACAAACCUAUCGUUGAUAUAGCCAGUCGUACGAAGGAGAUAGAGACUCUGUUGGAGAUCCUACUUAUACAUCUCAGUAACCACCCUGAUCCGGCAAUGUUGAUCUAUAUGGCUGAAGUCUUCACCCUCAAGCUUCCAAUCAACCUUGUUGGUUUGACAAGAUUCUAUAUCAAGGAUGUUGCGCUUUCCUCAUCAAGUGAACUCAAGCAAGUUAUUUUGAGUCACUUUGUCAACAAAAUUCCAGAUGAAAGCCUAUCACAAUCACACAAGAUGUUCAUCGUCAGACAUAUUGUCAAUCCUAUCGCGGUUGUUGCCAAGUACCGCCCGAAUGAGACCGUUAUCGAUGAAGCAUUUAUCGGUGAGAUGCACACUAAAGUCUGGUCACCAUUCCAGAAAGAUGAUGAGUAUACUGGCGUUGAUAAUGGAUUCCUGAUAGAGUUGCUUAAUUUCUCUGCUACACUCGUAGAUGUAGUUCCAGAUCUCCUCGGAGAGUUCAAGAAGGAUGUUAUCAAAUUUGGAUGGAACUCACAAAGACAUGUGGAUACAUCAGUCAAGCAUUCUGGUAACAUCCUUAUGUGUAGAUUCCUCAAGGCUUUCGACUCUCCAAGCAAUCUUGCACGUAAUGUCUAUGUAGGUCUCCUUAAAGGUGUUCAGCCAGAGACAAAGAAUAUGGCACGCGAAGCACUCGAUAUUCUCACGCCUGUUUUGCCGCAGCGAGUCCCAGAAAGGGCACCAGCACCUGUCUCGCAUUUACCUCAAUGGGCUAUUAGAAUUAGAAGGGUGUUGGUUGAGGAGCAGCAAUCAGCCGCUCAGCUCUCAACGAUAUACUCGCUUAUCAUCCGUCAUAGUGAACUCUUCUACCCAAUCAGAGAACUCUUCGUACCUCACAUGCUUAACUCAAUCACAAGGAUGGGUAUCAUACCCUCAGCAGCAAAUGACACACGCCAGUUAUCAAUCGAUGUUCUCGAAUUGAUCCUUCAAUGGGAGCAAAAGAGAAUGAGCAUGAGUGAAGAAGAUAAGGAAUCACAAUCAGGUGAUAAAAGGAGAGCAUCGGAAGGUUUGGAUGACCAACCAGCUGCUAAACGCACAAGAUCUUCGACUGCAACAAGCACACCACAGCAGGGUACCCCACAACCAGCUCCAAAACCUUAUAUCCUCCAUCAUAAUCUCCGAGGACAUGCUAUCAACUACCUUGUUAGGUUUGCGUCGAUUUCUAACGAGUCUAUCUCUGCUCCAAAUUCACUUUCUGCCCGUGCAAUCGAGCUCUUGAAGGGCUACCAGUCACUUGAUAGUCACAAUGAUAUUAGUGCUAAAUUGGCUUACUUCUUGAAGGUGUUAACUCAGAGUGAAUUGAAGGAAGAGUCAGCUACUGUUCAUUGCAACUCCGCAGAAGUUCUCUGUGCACUUGCCUUACCUGAGCAGGAUGCUUACUUCUUGAGCAAUUUGGCAGGAAUGGCACGUAUUAUUGAGAGAUGCUAUGCUUCAAACAUCAACAGACUUCACCUCACUCUAGAAUCACUCGUCAAGCGCAUCUUCAGUAUUUUGCCGUCAGUUACAGAGGACGACGAUAGUCAGCAGGGUCGUGAAAUUAAAGCAUUCUCCAGUAUGAUUGAGAAUAUCAUCAAUGAUGGACUUUCAGGUUCACGCAAUCCACAUAACGCUCUUUGCUUGCUUAGAGCUUGGACCGAUGUACACCCUGACAAGUUCGACAUGUUUAUUCCGGCUCACAUGCGUUUGCUUCAAAUUAUCACCCGUGAACACUGCUCAACGGACAAAAAACCUAGCUAUCUUAUUGAUCCUAAGCUCAUUCCUUUCACCCUCGAAUUGGCUUGUAGAAGGGUAUCGCAGCUUGGUGAGGCCAGACGUAUCUUCCUAACUUGCAUCGUCAUGCUUAUCGAAAGGACUACAAGUAUUGACGUAUGUAGCUCUAUACUCGAUAUGAUAAAGAAUUGGAUUACAGAGAAGAAGGAGGCAUUUCCAACUGCUCGUGAAAAAGCAGGUUUGCUGAUCAAGAUGAUGUCUAUUGAGAAUCGUCAAUAUGACAUCAAGGGCGUUACGAAUGACACACCAUCAAAAGAAGCCUCAAAGAACCUCUUCAAUGAUUAUUUGGAGUUAAUUCUGAGUAUUUAUAAGGACUCCUUCUACGCUAGAAGUGAGCUCACGGUUAGGUUGGAGAAUGCGUUCUUGUUGGGUUGUCGCGCAACCAAUGGCGAGCUCAGAAGCCGCUUCAUUGAGGUUUUCCAUGAAAGCAUGUAUCUCUCUAUUGCGUCUAGACUACAAUACGUACUUGGUGUCCAGAAUUGGGAUUCACUCUCAAAUGUUUAUUGGAUCCAUCAGGCAUUGGAUUUAGUGUUAGGAUCUAUCAAAUCUAACAAUAUCAUCGUUAGUAGCGAGUUUGGUGAAAAUGCCUUCGUACAAAAGUUGAAAUCAUUUACUAUUGAAGGUCUUAUCCAGCCUGUUCGUCAAUUACAGUACAUUGAUGAUGAAUCAGCUCAUGAGAUCUGGGUUACCAUCUUUGGAUCAGCAUGGUCAUCCCUCAAUCGUAAAGAGCAAGGCGAAAUUACGAGACACAUGAUCGGUUUGCUUGCUCAAGAGUACCAUUUGAAGCAAGUGGAUGCACGCCCUAACAUCAUCCAGAGUAUUUUGGAAGGUGUCCUUAUAGCGUCACCUUCGAUCGCUCUCCCUCCACACCUCGUUAAGUACCUAGGCAAAACAUUUGGCGCGUGGCAUACAUCCAUCCUUUUGUUAGAGCAACUGACAGAAGUUGGACGUGAAUCAGAGUCUGUAAACGAACUUGCUAGAGAUGCUUUGGCUGAAAUUUACGCGGAUCUUGCUGAAGAAGAUAUGUUCUAUGGUUUGUGGAGACGUCGCUCCGGUUAUCAAGAGACUAACGCUGCAUUGUCUUACGAGCAGCUCGGUCUCUGGUCAGAGGCUCAAGUUCUGCAUGAGAACGCUCAAAUUAAGGCUAGAUCUGGUAAUGUUCCUUUCAACGAGCCAGAAUAUGCGAUUUGGGAAGACCACUGGGUGUUGUGUUCUCAGAAGUUGCAACAAUGGGACCUUCUUACAGAUUUGGCCAAGAAUGAAUCCAACGCUGAUCUCUUGUUCGAGUGCGCUUGGAGGACGUCUGAUUGGUCCCAAGAUAGAGAAGUUAUUGAAGGCGCCUUCAAGAAUUUGGCUGAUAUCGCAACUCCUAGAAGGAGAAUAUUCGAAGCUUUCAUGUCGCUGGUCAGAGCUCAGGAUACUAAUGAGCCAGCAAAUGACUUUAACAAAAUUACUACGGAAGCUAUUCAGUUAUCUUUGAAAAAGUGGCACUCAUUACCUGACAUACCUGGUCCAGCUAAUAUACCAUUGUUACACACUUUCCAACAAUGCGUUGAGUUAUGGGAUGCUUCUAAUAUUUUCCAGACAUUCCCAGCUACCAAUGAGACCAAUGUCGAGCAGCGUUCAUCGGAAAUUAAGAACAUUGUUCAUCAAUGGAGGGAUAGAAUGCCAAACUUAUGGGAUGACAUCAAUAUCUGGUCUGAUCUCGUUGCUUGGAGAUCACACGUGUUCCAAGCGAUCAACAAGGUUUACUUGCCAAUUAUAAACAAUCUGCAAGCGAACCCUAACGCGCCUAAUACUGGUCAAAAUAGCUUUGGCUACAGAGGUUAUCACGAAAUGGCAUGGACGAUCAACCAGUUUGCUCACGUUGCUCGUAAGCAUCAGUUACAGGAUGUCUGUAUAUCCCUCCUCACCAAAAUCUACACUCUUCCUAAUAUUGAAAUACAAGAAGCCUUUUUGAAAUUACGUGAACAAGCUAGAUGUCUUUAUCCAACUACAGAUGGUUUGGGCGCAGGUUUGGAAGUUAUUAACAACACAAAUCUGCACUUCUUCGCACCUUCCCAAAAGUCAGAGUUCUUUACAUUGAAGGGUAUGUUUACAGCAAAGCUUGGCCUGCACGAUGAUGCUACACAAUCAUUUGCUCAUGCUGUUCAAACUGAUUUGAACUUACCUAGAGCAUGGGCUGAAUGGGGACGUUAUAAUGACCAGCAAUUCAAAGCACACCCAGAGAAUAUGUCACUUGCUGCUAACGCCAUCAGUUGCUACCUUCAAGCUUCAGGCCUAUACCGCAACCACAAGUCUAGAAAGCUUCUCGCACGUGUUCUUUGGUUGCUUAGUCUGGAUGAUGUUAACAUGACUAUCUCCAAGGCAUUUGAGGCUUACAAGGGUGACUUCCAAGUGUGGUAUUGGGUAACACUCAUUCCACAGCUCCUACUCUCACUUUCACAUCGUGAGGCUCGUCACGCUCGACUUAUUCUCAUACAGAUCGCCAAGAAAUAUCCACAGGCGCUAUUCUUCCAUCUUCGUACUACGAGAGAGGAGUACACUGUCCUCAGAAGACAAGCUCAAGCUGUGGCUGCAGCGAAAGCCGAGAGAGGUGAACCAACAAGCGGUGUACACCUUGCACCACCUUCACAAGGCAUGCUUACACCACAUCUUGGCUCUCCUGCACCACCACAUGCUAAGCCUCAACAGCCAUCGCAAGUACCACAACAAGCUUCUCAGCCUGGCCAAUCCCAAGUACCACUUUACAAAAAUCCAUGGGAUUGGGUUGAUGAAGUUUUGUCUAUUCUGAAGACUGCUUAUCCAUUGCUUACACUCUCGCUUGAAACAAUGGUUGAUCAGAUUUCUGCCAGGUUCAAGUCAACACCUGAAGAGGAUGGUUACAGAUUUGUCAAUGCUUUGUUAAGCGAUGCUAUCAUGAACUACUCAAUGAGAGACAAGAAUUCUUCGUUGGAGUUGGCACAGACCACAAGACAGGCACUUAACAAGUUUGUUGAACAAGCUGUUAUUGGUAAAGAAAAGGUGUUCGCAAAUGAACCGGGACUCGGAUCAGAACUGCAACUCCCACAAUAUGUCAGAAAACUGUUAGUCUGGAGAAAGAAGUUUGAGAAAGUACUUGGAUCUCGACCAAGAUUCCAGUCACUUGAGUAUUCUCGUAGACAUCUCAUUGAGUUCCAUCUCAACAAGUACGACCAGAUCGAAAUUCCAGGUCAAUACAACAAACACGAGGAUGAAGACAGGUCUACAUUCUUGAAGGUUGCUAGAAUUGCACCUAAGUUCGAAUUCUACAAAUCACACGGCGUCAGUUGGAAGAGACUUACAUUCGUUGCCGUCAAUGGAACCAGACAUCCAUUUAUGGUACAAAUGCCACCUACUAGACAUGUGAGACGUGAAGAGCGUAAUCAGCAAAUCAGCAGAAUAUUUAAUGCCGUUAUUGAUCGUCGUAAAGAGUGCAGACGUAGAAAUAUCUACUUCAAUGCGCCGCUUUCUGUCCCAUUGUCUACUAGCUUGAGACUUGUGCAGAGCGAUCCAAGCACUGUCUCAUUAGAGGAUAUUGCGAACAAACACUGCGAAGAGUUGGGUGUAGAUAACAUCACACCAAUACUCAAUUAUAUUGAGAAAUUGAAGGCCGUGUCCAAACCAGAAGAUUCAGAAACUACCACACUUAGCCUCAAGAUGGAGAUCAUUGAAGAAAUUGCAAACAAAUACGUACCGGAAGACGUCUUAACGAAAUACAUGAAUAGAUGUGCAAAUAGUCCAUCAGAGUUUUGGAUGUUGAGGAAGCAAAUGACAAAUCAAAUUGCUACAUUGAUCUUCAUGACGUAUUCAUUCUGUAUAGCACAUCGUCAGCCACAUCGUAUAAUGAUCACGCCUUCGACUGGCGCUGUUCACACUACAGAUGUAAUUCCUGGGUCAAUAAACCAAGAAUGUCAGUUAUCCAAUCCAGAAUCAGUACCAUUCAGAUUAACACCAAACCUCCAACAUUACUUGACGUCUAUCGGUAUUGAAGGUCUUCUAGUCUCAUCGAUUGUUUCAUUAGGAAGAUGUUUAACUGAACCUCAAUAUGAUUUAGAGAAUCAGUUAAAUUUGUUCGUCAGAGAAGAUGUAUCUAGCUGGUUCACGAACCAACGUCGUCAAAACCCUUCAGAUAGUGAAGUUAGGAAAUGUAUACAACAAAACGUAGACGGUAUUGUCGCAAGAGCAACGGUACUAGGUUGUAAAUAUGAGCGUGAACAAUUCAAUCAGAAUCAAGGUAACGCAAAUAACCAAAAAGUCAUACCAGCAUGUCAGAGUGUGUUGGAGUUGAUCGCUAAGGCUACUAAUCCGAUAGAAUUGGCAAAGAUGGAUCCACAAUGGGCACCA